CAAAGGUUUCACGGUUUUCACGAAGGCUUCGUGUGCUAGGCUGAGGGAAUUGGGGUGCCUCCCUCCUGCCUCUCCUUUCUUGAUUCUGGAAUCUUCAGUAGACUUUUCUCGUUGCUGGGACCCGGAAAGGCAGCGGCUUCAGCUCCAGGGGCGGGUCCCAAGGGUCUCGUCGCUGCUCCGGGGCUGUUGGCCUCCUGGUAUUGGGGGAGGGGCGAGGGAGGUGCUGCUCGCGCCUUCUUUUGCGCAUGUGCGAUGGGCUCCGAGCGGGUAGGAGCGCGUGCGCGGUGACGUGGACGUCCGGUGCGCGCGCAGGCUCUUCAGCUGGAGCGGACACACGGUGUGCGAACCGAACAGAAUAACCCGCCCCCAGCGGGAUGUGAAGGACUACGGGUGAAGCCGGCCACGCCCCGCACGGCUGGGAAGGUCGUUGUGACUAUGUGGUGACCACAAUUAUCUUACUGAGUUUCCGGCUGGAAUCAUGGAGGAGAAACAGCAGAUUAUAUUGGCUAAUCAAGAUGGUGGGACAGUGGCAGGAGCAGCACCUACCUUCUUUGUCAUCCUAAAACAGCCAGGAAAUGGCAAAACUGAUCAAGGAAUUUUGGUUACCAAUAGGGAUGCCUGCGCUUUGGCCAGCAGUGUGUCAUCACCAGGAAAAUCAAAAGGGAAGAUUUGCCUUCCAGCUGAUUGUACUGUGGGAGGAAUCACUGUCACCUUGGAUAACAAUAGUAUGUGGAAUGAGUUCUAUCAUCGAAGCACAGAGAUGAUUCUGACCAAGCAGGGGAGACGCAUGUUUCCUUACUGUCGUUAUUGGAUAACAGGUUUAGAUUCAAAUAUGAAGUAUAUCCUUGUUAUGGAUAUAUCUCCUGUGGAUAACCAUCGUUAUAAGUGGAAUGGUCGCUGGUGGGAACCCAGUGGGAAGGCUGAGCCCCAUGUUUUGGGGAGGGUUUUUAUUCAUCCAGAAUCUCCUUCCACGGGUCAUUAUUGGAUGCAUCAACCAGUAUCUUUCUAUAAACUCAAACUUACUAACAAUACACUGGACCAAGAAGGGCAUAUCAUUUUGCACUCUAUGCAUCGUUACCUGCCACGGCUUCAUUUGGUACCUGCAGAAAAGGCUACUGAAGUGAUUCAAUUAAAUGGCCCUGGUGUCCACACUUUUACCUUCCCACAGACUGAAUUCUUUGCCGUAACAGCUUAUCAGAACAUUCAGAUUACCCAGCUGAAAAUAGAUUACAAUCCAUUUGCUAAAGGCUUCCGCGAUGAUGGACUGAAUAGUAAGCCCCAGAGAGAUGGAAAGCAAAAGAACAGUUCUGACCAGGAAGGGAAUAGUGUUCCCAGUUCUCCUGGUCAGCGGGUCCGUCUUACCGAAAGUGAGGGGUCAGAGGUACAGCUAACUGAUUUGGAUCCUUUAUCUAGGGGUCAUGAAACAUCAGGCAAGGGUUUGGAGAAGCCUUCCCUUAGUAUAAAUCGAGACUUCCUUGGUUUCAUGGAUAUUGAUUCAUCACUUGGUGAAGUUCCUCAGCUGAAGCAAGAAGUUUCUGAAAGACUUGUUACCAACAAUUUUGAAGACAGCUCACAUGUAGCAUCACCAUUAGAUCCGAAUGGAGCCUUCAAUGUUGUCAUUAAAGAGGAGCCUCUAGAUGAAUAUGACUAUGAACUUGGUGAGUUCCCAGAAGGGGUCACUGUGAAACAGGAAGAGACAGAUGAGGAAACAGAUGUAUACUCAAACAGUGAUGACGACCCUAUACUAGAGAAACAGCUAAAGAGGCACAAUAAAGUUGAUAACCUUGAAGCUGACCAUUCAUCUUCUGAAUGGCUACCAAAUAGCCCAUCAGGUGUUGCUAAAGCUAAAAUGUUCAAGUUAGAUGCUGGAAAGAUGCCAGUAGUCUAUCUGGAGCCCUGUGCUGUCACCAAAAGCACAGUGAAGAUUUCUGAGCUCCCUGAUAACAUGCUUGCCACAUCUCGGAAGGAGAAAUCUGUGUUGACAGAAUUAGACUACUUGCCUGCGUAUAUUGAAAAUUCCAAUGAGACUGGCUUCUGCUUAGGCAAGGAAUCAGAAAAUGGUCUUAGAAAACAUUCGCCGGAUCUCAGAUUAGUCCAGAAAUAUCCUUUACUUAAAGAGCCUCAGUGGAAAUAUCCUGAUAUCUCUGACAUCAUUCAUACAGAAAGAAUACUUGACAGUUCGAAGAGUUCAGCUGGGGACUCAUUUUUAGGAAAAGAGGACUUGGGCAGAAAGAGAACAGCUAUGCUUAAGAUUUCAACAGCCUCCAAGACUGUGAAUACUAAUCAAAAUGCCCCUCCAAGUGUCACUGGAAAAAGAGGAAGGCCACGAAAAUUGAAACUCUCUAAGGCAGGGCGACCACCUAAAAACACAGGAAAAUCUCUAACUGCUACAAAGAACACUCCUAUGGGCCAUGGGAGUACCUUUCCAGAUGUGAAACCUGAUCUGGAAGACGUGGAUGGUGUUCUCUUUGUUUCCUUUGAAUCGAAGGAAGCUCUAGCCAUUCAUGCAGUUGAUGGGACAACAGAAGAACCCUCUAAUCCUCAGUCGUCAACCACAAAUGACGCAGGUUGCAGAGCAAGAAUUUCCCAGUUGGAAAAGGAAUUAAUAGAAGAUUUGAAGACCUUGCGACACAAGCAGGUGAUACAUCCUGGUCUUCAAGAAGUGGGCUUAAAAUUGAAUUCAGUGGAUCCAACAAUGAGCAUUGAUCUUAAAUACUUGGGAGUACAGCUACCUUUGGCUCCAGCCACUAGCUUUCCUUUCUGGAACCUCACAGGAACCAACCCUGCCUCUCCUGAUGCUGGAUUUCCCUUUGUUUCUAGAACAGGGAAGACCAAUGACUUCACCAAGAUCAAGGGAUGGAGGGGAAAGUUUCAUAGUGCUUCUGCAUCUCGGAACGAAGGUGGAAAUUCAGAAGGUUCACUGAAAAACCGUUCUGCUUUCUGCAGUGAUAAGCUAGACGAGUAUUUGGAAAACGAAGGCAAGCUGAUGGAAACAAGCAUGGGUUUCUCUUCCAAUGCUCCCACAUCUCCUGUAGUAUACCAGCUUCCCACCAAGAGUACCAGCUAUGUGCGAACACUGGAUAGUGUACUAAAGAAGCAAUCGACCAUUUCCCCUUCUACCUCUUACUCUUUGAAGCCUCAUUCUGUACCCUCUGCCUCUCGAAAGGCAAAGUCUCAAAACAAACAGGCAACUUUCGGUGGCCGAACUAAAUCAUCUUAUAAAUCCAUUUUACCAUACCCUGUUUCACCAAAGCAGAAACACACUCAUACGGUUCCAGGAGAUAAGGUUACCAAGACUUCUUCAAGCACCAUCUCAGAAAAUCAGGUGAAUAACUUUGUCGUGCCAACUUUAGAUGAAAAUACAUUCCCAAAGCAAAUUAGUUUGCGCCAGGCACACCAGCAGCAGCAGCAACAGCAGGGAACCCGCCCUCCAGGCUUGUCUAAAUCUCAAGUGAAGCUCAUGGACCUGGAAGACUGUGCACUUUGGGAAGGAAAACCGAGGACCUAUAUCACUGAAGAGCGAGCAGAUGUAUCCUUAACAACUCUGCUUACUGCUCAAGCAUCUCUCAAAACUAAACCCAUCCACACAAUCAUAAGGAAACGAGCCCCUCCGUGCAACAACGACUUCUGUCGGUUGGGUUGCGUGUGUUCCAGUCUAGCUUUGGAGAAGCGCCAGCCUGCUCACUGCCGCCGACCAGACUGCAUGUUUGGCUGCACUUGUUUGAAAAGAAAAGUUGUACUUGUUAAAGUGGGAUCCAAAACUAAGCAAUUGCAGAGGAAGGCUGGUCAUCGUGAUGUAGCAUGUUAUGCUUUGGGAGAGGAGCAAAGAGAAGAAGAAGAGGGAGUCAGAGAGGAGGAAGAACAAUUGAAGGAGAAAAAGAAGAGAAAGAAGCUGGAAUACACUAUAUGUGAAACAGAGCCUGAACAGCCUGUUCGGCAUUAUCCAUUAUGGGUGAAAGUAGAAGGUGAAGUAGAUCCAGAGCCAGUUUAUAUCCCAACGCCUUCUGUCAUCGAGCCUACGAAACCAUUGUUGUUGCCUCAACCAGAAGUUUUAUCUACUACUGUGAAGAGCAAACUGUUCACUGGAAUUAAACCUGCACGGGCAUAUACUCCCAAACCCAAUCCUGUGAUUCGGGAAGAGGACAAAGAUCCAGUCUACUUGUACUUUGAAAGUAUGAUGACUUGUGCCCGAGUUCGAGUAUAUGAACGAAAAAAAGAACAGAGACAGCCAUCACCAUCCCCAUCCCCAUCAUUUCAGCAUCAGGGCUCAUGUCAUUCUAGUCCUGAGAACUGUAGUGCAAAGGAGCCCAAUUUGGAACAGCAGCCCUUGAAACCAAUUACCUGUGACCUGGAGGACGAUUCUGAUAAGUCACAAGAAAAGAGCUGGAAGUCUUCCUGCAAUGAAGGGGAAUCCUCUUCUACCUCCUAUGUUCAUCAGAGGUCACCUGGUGGUCCCACCAAACUGAUAGAAAUCAUCUCAGACUGCAACUGGGAGGAGGAUCGGAACAAGAUUCUGAGCAUCUUAUCCCAGCACAUCAAUAGCAACAUGCCGCAGUCACUUAAGGUGGGCAGCUUCAUCAUAGAGUUGGCUUCUCAGCGAAAGAGCCGGGGUGAGAAGAACCCCCCUGUUUAUUCUUCUCGUGUGAAAAUCUCUAUGCCAUCAUGUCAAGAUCAAGAUGAUAUGGCUGAGAAAUCUGGAUCAGAGACUCCUGAUGGUCCAUUAUCCCCUGGGAAAAUGGAUGAUAUCUCUCCUGUGCAGACAGAUGCCCUGGAUUCAGUAAGGGAGAGAUUACAUGGAGGCAAAGGUCUGCCCUUUUAUGCAGGGCUUUCUCCUGCAGGGAAGCUUGUGGCCUAUAAACGUAAACCCAGUUCAAGCACAUCUGGGCUUAUCCAGGUUAAUGGUAAGAGUUACCCGCAGGCUAAGUUGCUAUUGGGACAGAUGGGGGCAUUGCAUCCAGCCAAUAGGCUAGCUGCUUAUAUCACAGGCAGGUUGCGACCCUCAGUCCUGGACCUCUCAACCCUCAGUACUGUCAUCUCCAAGGUAGCAUCCAAUGCCAAGGUGGCUGCAUCCAGGAAACCACGUACCCUGUUGCCUUCAACAUCCAAUUCCAAAACGGCAUCCUCCUCCGGCACUACAACAAAUCACCCUGGGAAGAAUCUGAAGGCAUUUGUUCCAGCAAAAAGACCAAUUGCGGCUCGACCCUCUCCUGGUGGUGUGUUCACACAGUUUGUGAUGAGUAAAGUUGGAGCCCUGCAGCAGAAGAUACCUGGAGUUAGCACACCCCAACCCCUAACAGGGCCACAGAAGUUCAGUAUCAGACCUUCUCCAGUAAUGGUCGUCACACCUGUGGUUUCUUCUGAGGCAGUUCAGGUGUGCAGCCCUGUGACUGCUGCUGUCACUACUACCACCCCUCAAGUAUUUUUAGAGAAUGUUACUGCUGUGACACCUAUGACUGCUCUUUCUGACGUGGGAACUAAAGAAACUACUUGUCCUUCUGGUGCCACCACUGCAGGGGUUGUUGAGGUCUCUGAAACUAAUGCCAGCGCCCCUGUAACACCUACCCAGUCCACAGCCACUGUGAACCUUAUCAAAACGACUGGGAUAACUAGCCCCGUGGCGUCAGUGGCUUUUCCUAAGUCUUUGGUAGCAUCUCCUCCAACCAUAACUCUUCCUGUUGCUUCCACUGCCUCCACCUCCAUAGUCGUGGUGACCACAGCUGCGUCUUCCUCCAUGGUGACCACACCAACUUCAUCUCUUGGCUCUGUUCCCAUUAUCCUCUCAGGAAUUGAUGGGAGUCCACCAGUGAGCCAGAGACCAGAAAAUGCCCCUCAGAUUCCAGUGGCUACUCCACAGGUCCCUCCUAACCCAGUGAAACGUACUGGGCCUCGAUUGUUGUUGAUUCCAGUGCAGCAGGGUUCUCCUACUCUUAGACCUGUCUCAAACACACAACUUCCAGGACAUCGGAUGGUCUUGCAGCCUAUUAGGAGCCCAAGUGGAAUGAACCUGUUUAGGCACCCUAAUGGGCAGAUUGUCCAGCUCCUCCCUUUGCAUCAGCUUCGAGGCUCUAAUACCCAGCCCAACUUACAGCCUGUCAUGUUUCGGAACCCAGGGUCUGUGAUGGGAAUCCGGUUACCCACUCCUUCUAAGCCUUCAGAGACUCCACCAUCUUCUGCUUCAUCCUCUGCUUUCUCUGUUAUGAGUCCUGUAAUUCAGGCUGUUGGGUCUUCUCAAGCAGUGAAUGUUUUCACGCAGGCACCGUCAUUGCUUUCUUCUGGACCUAGUUUUGUGUCUCAGUCUGGUACACUGACCUUGAGGAUUUCCCCUCCGGAACCACAAAGCUUUGCAAGUAAAACAGGCUCUGAAACCAAAAUAACCUAUAGCUCAGGAGGGCAGCCUGUUGGUACAGCCAGCCUCAUUCCUCUCCAGUCUGGUAGUUUUGCCUUGUUGCAGCUCCCAGGACAAAAGCCUGUUCCCAGCUCCAUUCUUCAACAUGUUGCUUCUCUUCAGAUGAAGAGAGAAUCUCAAAAUGCAGACCAGAAAGAUGAAAUGAACUUUUUAAAAAGAGAACAGGAAACGAAGAAGGUCCUACAGUCAGAAGGGGAAGCUGUUGACUCUGAGGCUAAUGUAAUAAAGCAAAACUCAGGAGCUGUUGCCUCAGAAGAAACCCUGAAUGAUUCUUUGGAAGAUGGGGGUGAUCAUUUAGAUGAAGAAUCCCUUACAGAAGAAGGUCCUGCAACUGCUGAAUCUUCUAAGCACUCCUGUGUCACUGGGUCACACACAAAUGAAAACUAUAAAGAUGUUGAUGAAGAUGGGAUUAGGAAUCAUGACAGUUCCAAAGAAAAACUGACUGUUCUAGAAAUUAAGACCAUAUCUGAAAAAGCCAGCAAUGUGACAGUCCAAAGUAUAAGCAAUGUGAAAGUAGAACAGCAGAAAGGCUUAGAUAGUCCAGAGGAAAAAUCAAAUGAAUUUCCCGUCGUCUCUAAGGAAGAAUGUAAAUUUGAAUUUUCAGGGAGCAUAGUUGUGGAGCAUCAAUCUAAUCCACAGCCAGAGGCCAAGGAGAAAGUAUGUGGAGGUGCUGUGAAGGACAGCAUUAGGGAGAGAUGGAGAAAACAGCUGAAGGGCCCAAUGACCCGGAAAUGUGUUGGAAUUUCACAAGAAUGCAAGAAAGAGGCAGAUGAGCAGUUAAUUAAAGAGACUAAGACUUGUCAGGAAAAUUCAGAUGUGUUUCAACAAGAGCAAGACAUCUCUGAUUUACUUGGAAAAAGCAGAACUACUGAGAAUACCAGAGUUUUAAAAACUGAAUGUGAUUCUUGGAGUAGGAUUUCUAGUCCUGCAACCUUCUCCAUUGUUCCAAGGAGAGCUACAAAGAGGAGCAGAGAGGAAGGACAUUUUCAAGGUCACUUACUGCUAUCAGAACAGAUACAACUAAAGCAGGAAAAGAAGACUGGGCGAAGCAGUGCUGACUUCAGUGUUUUGGAUUUGGAAGAAGACGACGAGGAAGAUGAGAAUGAGAAAACCGAUGAUUCUGUUGAUGAGAUUGUGGAUGUUGUUUCUGACUACCAGAGUGAGGAGGUUGAGGAUGUAGAAAAGGUGAAUAACUGUGUAGAAUUCACCGAGGAUGACGACGAGCAGGUGGACAUCGAGACGGUGGAAGAGCUCUCCGAAGAGAUUCGUGGGGCCCACGUGAAGGGCACAGCUGCCCACACACAGACUUUUAAACAGCCGUGCCGUACCCAUAUCUCUGCAGAUGAAAAAGCUGCUGAAAGAAGUCAAAAGGCUCCACCAAUGCCUCUAAAACUGAAGCCUGAUUACUGGAGUGAAAAACUACAGAAAGAAGCAGAAGCUUUUGCUUAUUAUCGCCGGACACACACUGCUAAUGAGCGGCGCCGGCGUGGUGAAAUGAGGGAUCUCUUUGAGAAACUGAAGAUCACAUUGGGAUUACUUCAUUCUUCCAAGGUUUCCAAAAGUCUCAUUCUUACUAGGGCAUUCAGCGAAAUUCAGGGACUAACAGAUCAGGCAGACAAGUUGAUAGGACAGAAAAAUCUCCUGACUCGCAAACGGAAUAUUUUGAUACGGAAAGUAUCAUCUCUUUCAGGUAAGACAGAAGAAGUGGUCCUGAAGAAGCUAGAGUAUAUUUAUGCAAAACAACAAGCACUAGAGGCACAAAAAAGAAAAAAGAAGAUGGGAUCAGAUGAGUUUGAUGUGUCUCCCAGGACUAGCAAACAGCAGGAAGGAUCUUCUGCAUCAUCUGUAGAUCUUGGACAGAUGUUUAUAAAUAACAGAAAGGGGAAACCUUUGAUUCUUUCCAGAAAAAGAGACCAGGCCACAGAAAAUACCUCACCCUCUAACACUCCACACACCUCUGCCAACAUCGUGAUGACUCCGCAAGGGCAAUUGCUCACCUUAAAAGGUCCCCUGUUCUCAGGACCAGUGGUAACUGUUCCUCCUGCUCUCUUAGAAGCAGAUCUGAAGCCUCAAAUUGCCAACAGUGCUGUGACCCAGUCAGAAAAUGACGACUUAUUCAUGAUGCCAAGAAUUGUUAAUGUGACAUCACUGGCCACAGAUGGAGGUUUGGUAGAUAUGGGUGGCAGCAAAUACUCUCAUGAAGUUCCUGAUGGUAAGCCACCUGACCACCUGAAAAACACUGUCAGGAAUGAAGAUAACUCCUUUGACGAUUCAGGUAGAAUCUCUACGAGAGGCAACCAGAGAGAUGGCAGAAUGGCCUUGAGUCCCACACAGGUUUUUCUGGCAAAUAAAGAUUCUGGUUUUCCACAAGUAGUUGAUGUUUCCAGUAUGCAAGAAGCACAAGAGUUCUUACCCAAAAAAAUGUCUGGUGAUAUGAGAGGGAUUCAGUAUAAAUGGAAAGAGAGUGAAUCAAGACGAGAGAGACUGAAACCAAAAGAGUCUCCAUUUCACAAAUUAAAGAUGAAAGAUCUCAAAGACUCCAGCAUAGAGAUGGAACUGAGAAAGGUAGCGUCAGCUAUAGAGGAAGCAGCGCUGGAUUCCAGUGGGCUGCUAACUAACAUAGAAGAUGAGGACGACACUGACGAGACUCUGACUUCUCUGCUCAAUGAGAUUGCCUUUCUUAAUCAGCAACUAAAUGACGACUCGGUUAGCCUGGCAGAACUGCCGAGCUCGAUCGAGACAGAAUUCCCAGGGGAUGCUCGACGGGCUUUUAUCAGUAAACUUCCUCCUGGGAACAGAGCGACUUUCCAGGUUGGCCACUUGGGAACUGGUUUGAAAGAAUUGCCUGAUGUACAAGGGGAGAGUGACUCUGUGAGUCCCCUCCUCUUACACUUGGAAGAUGACGACUUCUCUGAGAAUGAAAAGCAGCUCGCAGAGCCAGCCUCUGAGCCAGAUGUCCUUAAGAUUGUUAUUGACACUGAGAUAAAGGAUUCCCUUCUUUCCCAUAGGAAAGCCAGUGAUGGAGGGAAGAGUGCUUCUCGCGUUCCUGCUGAGCCUGAAAGUGUGUCCUCACCCCCCAUCCUACACAUGAAGGCUGGCCUAGAGAACAGCAGCACAGAUACUUUGUGGAGGCCUAUGCCAAAGCUGGCACCUCUGGGUUUAAAGGUAGCUAAUCCUUCCAGUGAUGCAGACGGUCAGAGUCUCAAGGUGAUGCCUUGCUUGGCACCUGUAGCUGCCAAAGUUGGGUCAGUUGGACACAAAAUAAACUUAACCGGGAGUGACCAGGAAUGCCGGGAGAGCAAGGUGAUGCCUACGCUGGCACCUGUUGUGGCCAAAUCAGGCAACUCUGGGGCCUCACCAAGUUCUUCAGGGAAAUGAACUUACCUGUCCUCAGGCAGAGGCCAAGCUGUGAGGGGAAACCUCCUUUCUCUGUUGGCAUCUGUUUAUUUGUGUCAUGGCGUUGUGAUCCUUGGCUUUGGUGCAGUGGCUAUUGGUAGAGAAAGGGUUCUGACCUCGUAUAAGAAGUUACUACUAUGAAAUUCUGGUCAUGUUCAAAUGUGUUACCUCAUUUGUGGUGCUGGGUCUCUUCAUCCUCUCUAAGAAGAUGUGAUCCAUUACUGAACACGAGGUGCCCCUCUUACCCAAGCAAUUCAUAACGAGAUUCUAGAUCCAUAGUGGUUUCCUCAUUCUUCCCUCCCAGAGAAAAAGCUGCUUGAAACUUUGGACUUGGCUAUGGACUGAACUAUAGUUGAUUGCUGUUGUUUAAGUCUGAAAUCCAAGGAAUGUAAUGCACUCGUGCAGAGGGAUCCAGAAGGGAUAGUUUCUAGUUGGUGUUUCAAGAAUUAGGGGAGAGAGGGAUGGGUACCAUGGAAUACCAAAGUGAAGGACUGUGUGUCAUUUAGCAAAAUUCUUUUAUAUCCCAAGUAACUUCCAUUCUUUCUCCUUGUCAAUCAGAAUUAUCAAUUGAAGCCUUCUGGUAAAGUAGGAAUGCUUUUAACUUUUAUUACUAAGAUAAUUAUUUUGAGAUGUUAAAAAAUAUACUAGUUCUCCCUUAUUGUUUUUGGGCGUUGAAAAGACUAUUUCACAGUACCAGGAAUACAUAUUUUGGAGUUAGGCAUAGAGGGAGCCCUCCCCCUUUCACAAAUCAUGUCAUUUAAAAGAUAGCUAAAAUAAAAAGCAUUCCCUUCCCAGACCAGAGACAGUGGCCAAAAUAAAAAAAUUGUGGGGCUGGAUAUUUCCCAAAUCAAACCAGCCUCCUGGUGCUUGAAGGUUUCAUUCACUAUUACCUGCAGAUGAUGUCAAGUAAAGGAAAGUCACCGUAGGCACUCUUUACCAGGGAAAUAGGCAGUAUUUGAAUCACAAGAUAUAUUUUUUAUUAUCUGCUACCAUGGAUUCAAUGAUCUGUAGAACUUUUUCACUCAUUAGCUGUCAGGGUCUGAUGGACUGACAGCCUGUAAAGAUAAAGAUAUUUAUAUUUUUGUAUAGUUGUUUUCAUAGAUUUCUCAAAGGCUGAAGUUUUCAACCUAGAAGAUGAGAUUUGUAUUGAGUAUAGAAAUGAUGUUUCCUAUCUAGUUUGUAAAUAAUCAUGGUGCACUUGAGGGGUCUCUUGAAAACUCCUGGGGGCAAGAAUCACUAUUCUGAAAAUGUAUAGACUGGGAUUUAGCUGCUGCAUUUUGCCUUUCUUAAAUAAUUAUAUUUUGGAAUGUAACCCAUGUUCUGUCUUCAUUGACAGGAUUUGCUUGUGUUGUGAACACUAACACAAGAGCUUCCAGUGCCUGGGCUGUGCCUAGGUGAUGCUAUUUCUUCUAUAUCCCCUGCCGCCUUUAUCCCAAAUCCCAUUCAGCUGAUCUUCAGACCUAGGUUGUAAGACCAACUUUGGAAUGGUUCUAGCCAGUGAGUUAUUUCUCCCUGGUUGGUUCCCUUUCUAGUAAAUCUGGUAAUCGAUAGAUUGAAAAGGAUGGAAAAAUUUCCUCUGCAAAUUGCAGUGGGAACAGAUUCUUUGUUGGUUUUGUGCUUGCUCAUCCAGCAUUCAACCUUCCUUCCUCUGAGGUUACUGAAGGAGCUUGAAGUGGGUAAUGAGUGCCCUUCAGCUUUUCAUUAUCCUUCCCACUCCUCUUUACCCAGCAGAUUUUAAUCAAUGCCUUAGCCAAGGAGUCCAGCGCCUGUCUUCCCCACUACUAAUUGUCCUUGGAGAUGCUAGUACUUUAAUCCAGGUAUAGCAGUUUCCCAUUAUUUCCUUGCUUGUCUUGUGCUCAUGUUUCCUCCUGACUUCCCAAGGCUCUUGUUAGGCUUUUGAGGGUCAGCCAAGGAACAGACAAGUGAGCGAAUAAUCCUCAGGAAAAGAAGGACCAUUCUGCUCUGAACACUCUUCCCUUUUUUAUAGACAAACAGGUAAUAAUCAGUUCUUUAUGGGAAGAUAUUUGACUCUGUUUAUGAGAGAUGUACAAAGGUGGAAAUGAGAGAUGAUUCCCGGUGUUCAAGGAAGGCUGCAGAUGUCAUUACAAACCCCCAAGAUAAUGGUGUUUUCAAGACCUCUUAGAACUAGGAAGUUAUCAGGGCUAUUUUGAGGAGGGCUCAGUCUUCAGAACAAUCAUGCAGUUGGACAGAAAUCUAAAAUCUCCAAAAAUUCCUACCUUUAACCUUACCCCAGGAAAAACUGAUCUAUGAAAAUUACAUGUGUGAUUAUGAAAGAUGUCGUUGAGUGAGAGGAGUUGAGGAAUCGGGAGAAUAGUGAGCUCUCACCCUAACUCUGUAAGAAGCAUGAUCUCAGUAGACCAAUAAUUCGCCUUUUUAUACAUCUGUAAAUAAAUGGAAUGUUUUUAAGAAUAUAAUUAUGUCAGAUUUAGCCUUUUCUUUUGUAUAUUAAAUAUAUAUCUUUCCUUUUCUGCUUUUGAAAAAUGACUAUUUUUUUAGAAACCUAAGAACAGAAGAAGUUUGGCGAGUGGAAGGCAGAAUGUAUAAACUUGAAAUAAAUAAAUCUGUUAUAAUAAUUAAA